AAACUUUAAAAAAAGUAUUUAUUUGGGAUUGUUUACUCAUAUGGAAAGCUCACUUUACACUGAGGGGGGCAAUAUUAUCAACAGAAUAAUGUAGACUGAUCAUUUGUUGAUAUGGAAGACGUCGGUGCAACUUUCUCUCUCUCUCUCUCUCUCUCUCUCUCUCCCAAACGCCCACGCGCACACGUGCGCGCGCGCGUACAAACACCAUUCCCUCCACCUCCCCCGGAGGGUUCCCUGGGUGGAAGACAUCAUCAGCCGCUCCAGGAGGUUGCAGAAGCCGGCCGCGUCAUCCUGUGGAAUGGGCGGCGCACGGACGGAGGGUGUUUUCCAGCUUUAAAAGCACCGGAGCCGGCUCCUCUGACAAACCGAGCUGCGUCAUCCAACUGUGGAGACUUCUCAGAGAACCUUCACCGCUCAGAAGCGGUCCAAAACUCACCUCAACCCGGUCCAAACGCUGCCGCUCUUCCUCCCCCCUCUCCUCCUUCCCCUCUCCGACACGGUUUACUCCUCUCGCUCGUGCUCAGAAGAAAAGUUCACUCUUCUGUUUUAAAGAUUCCGAAGCGAAUUAUGCCUUACGGCGUGUGAAGUAAAGCAGUGUUGCCGCUCUUGAAUAGUACCGUCGGCGAAGACGUUGGUGCACGUUGAGCGCAGCCGGACGAAAGUUGCGCAUCGCUUGUUGAAUGCAGGAUACCUCCAGCCUGAGCGUCAAAGCCAAGUUCAACUUCGGAGCAGCAGCGCUAGCAGCAGCAGCAGCAGCCGGUCAGGAGCGGGGACUCCAGCGUCUCAAAUCUACCGCCGCCGCCGAUAUGAAGUCUGCAGAGGAAGAUGCAUACAACUACACACCAAACGUCAGUCUUCCAAUUGGCAUGGGCAACCCAUGCCUGUCUACGCAGUACCACACCUUGCAGUCCAGUCCUGUCAUCCCGGUCUCCUCUUGCCACCAGACUGGCUACAGUGUCCAAAAUGACAACCAUGCCGUGUCAAGUUACUACCUGCCUCAAGCCUUGAGACCCAACGGCGCUCCGGCUCUGGAAAGCCCUCGUAUAGAGAUCACCGCCUAUAGCCAAUACCCGGAGGAUGAAGUAGAAGCCAGCGGCAGAGAAGAUCACAUCAUCAAACGAGGCGUCAACUCUAUCGUCACACUGACGCUGCCGAAUGUGGAUGGGUACCGUGACCCCAGCUGUCUAAGCCCCGCGAGCAGCAUAUCCUCUCGCAGCUGUAACUCAGAGGCCUCGUCCUACGAAUCUGGCUUUUACAACUACGACAAUUCCCCGCAGAACUCUCCCUGGCAGUCACCCAGCGUUUCGCCCAGAGGGUCAUCCUCACUUCUGUCUUGUCCACAUGCCAUCGGUCCCGCAGCCUCUCCUCACCAUUCGCCCUCCAACUCCCCUCAAAUAGGCGCGAUGGCAGAGGAGGGAUGGCCAGCGCAGCCACGUGGGUCCCGGCCAAAUUCCCCCUCCUGCAGUGGAGUUGGCGGAGGCAACAGCGGUGGCAUGGGCAAGAGAAAAUACAGUUUCAGCGGCUCCUCUUACCAGCAGACAUCGUGCUCACCCAACCAAUCACCCACCCCUUCUUCACAUGGUUCCCCGAGGGUCAGCGUCACAGAUGAGAACUGGCUUACCAACACCAACCAGUACACCAACCUUGCCAUUGUUGCAGCUAUUAAUGCUCUCACCACAGACGGAAUGGCUGACAUGGCGGAAGGAAUCCCAAUCAAGACACGGAAGACCAUGCUGGACCUCUCACCAUCCAUGAGUCUGAAGGUGGAACCCGGAGGUGAGGACCUGGGUCCAGAAGGGGAGCUUCGACAUGAGGAGUACCCUUCCCGCCUUAGCCUCAAGAAGGAGAAUUACUGUGGAGGGUUUCUGGAUGUACCACAGCAUCCAUACUCAUGGUCUAAACCCAAGCCUUACCUCAGCCCCUCACUGCCGGCUCUUGACUGGCAGCUGCCGUCCUGCUCCGGUCCGUACAACCUGCAGAUUGAGGUGCAGCCAAAGUCCCACCACAGGGCCCAUUAUGAGACGGAGGGAAGCCGAGGAGCCGUGAAGGCGCUGUCUGGGGGACACCCUGUGGUUCAGCUUUACGGCUACAUGGAAAGUGAGCCGCUCACCCUGCAGCUUUUCAUCGGGACCGCAGACGAUCGCCUCCUGCGACCGCAUGCCUUCUACCAGGUCCACCGGAUCACCGGCAAAACCGUCUCCACUGCCAGCCACGAAGUCAUGCAAUCCAACACCAAGAUCCUGGAGAUCCCUCUGCUGCCAGAAAACAACAUGAGAGCCAUAAUUGACUGCGCAGGAAUCCUGAAGCUGCGCAAUUCUGACAUUGAACUGCGCAAAGGGGAGACGGACAUCGGUCGGAAAAACACCCGCGUGCGUUUGGUGUUCCGUGUGCACAUCAACCAGCCCAAUGGCAGGACGGUGUCCCUACAAGUCGCCUCCAACCCCAUUGAAUGCUCUCAGCGCUCAGCUCAGGAGCUUCCCUUGGUGGAGAAACAAAGUGUGGAGAGCUAUCCCGCCACCGGAGGCAAAAUGAUGCUCCUUGGCGGCCUCAACUUCCUCCCCGAGUCCAAGGUGGUGUUCGUGGAGAAGGCACAGGACGGCCAUCAUCUGUGGGAGACAGAAGCCAAGGUUGACAAGGACUCUGUCAAAACUAACACUCUCGUUGUGGAGAUCCCACCCUACAGGAACCAGAGAAUAUCCAGUCCUGUGCAAGUCAACUUUUACGUCUGCAACGGCAAGAGGAAGAGGAGCCAGUACCAGCGCUUCACCUACGUGCCUGCAAACGUACCAAUAAUAAAAACCGAGCCCACUGAUGAGUAUGAUUCUCUUGGGAGUGUUGGGCUGUCUAUGCAUUCAAAGCCCUACUACGGCCAGCCCAGGCUGACGUCCAUCAUGCCUGUUGCUGAACCUGACCCCUGCCUGGUUGGUGGCUACCCUCCUUGCCCGCCCCGCCACGCUGCCAUGCCACCGUCGUCUCCCAGCUCAAGCCCUACCCUGCACGAUCUGUCCCCUGUUGCAUACAACAAAUGCCUCCCCAACAGCCCAACUCAUGCCGCACCACCAGGCACCGUAGCGCCCCCCAUUCAGGAGACCCCUUGCUGUCCAAGCCUUCCGCACCCGACGUCGCCAGAUCACAACUCUUCCCUAGCGGUGCUCCACUCCCAGGGCAGCCCGGGCUCCCUUGGUUAUCACCAUUCCGUCUAUGCCAACAGCAGUUCCUCGUCCUCCCCAGUGUCUCACCCUUCCACUCCUGGCGGUCCAGCGGAGACACCGUUUUUUCAAGCGUACAGCCCCAGCCAGGCAGAGGCUUCAGGCAGCUCAGCCCAGGCUGCAGGAAGUCCGCCCAGCCUGCUAGCUGAAGACGCCACUCCGCCAUCAAUGGACAUUACCAUCAAGCAAGAGCCCCAGGAACUGGAUCAGAUGUAUCUCGAUGAUGUGGCCGCUUGCAGCGCCGAGACUUACCGAGCAGUGGGUGAACAGGUUUACGUUAGGAGAGGGAAUGCACAUAACCGCUGAACUUGAACGAGAUCAUCAGGAACGACCUCUCCAGCAUUUCUGUGCACUCUCAUGCGUAGACGUCCAGAUGUCUUCUGCUGCAGCACAUCUCCGCGCACACACACACACACACACACACACACACACACACACACACACUCCAGCAGCAACAUCAGCUGAGAGAUGACACACAGAAAGAAGAAGAAAAGAAGCUUUGACGAAGAUCUCUUGCCUGGGUGUUUAAACUCAGAAAGCGGCUGCAGACUCAAACCGACAAUCACCGGCAAGCUCUGUUUGAAUAAACAAGGUGAAUGUCGUAUCGAAGAAAAAAAAACAAAAAAACGAAGAAGAGGAAGAAAAAUAAG